AGGGAACAGAGAAGAGUCAAGCAGAGGAGAUGGAGAGUAUCUGGUCUCUAAAUCUCUCUUCUUUGACCUGGAGAGCUUUCAAACACUUAAAACUGCAUUGUUGUCCCCUUUUGUUCUAUCCUGCAGGUAUCGUGCCUGUCGAACUUUCUACGUCAUUCGAGAACGUCAACUUCCCCGCGUCUCAUCACCGCUUAUAUCAAUUGACCCAUUACCACCGAUCCAAGUUGUACACACUUAUUGAAAACCGAUUAUUAAUAAUACCAUUUGAACGGACAGUAUGGUUGCUGAAACCAAAUUGUACGACUCGCUGAGCAUCAAGCCAGAUGCUUCACAGGAGGACAUCAAGAAGGCGUACCGGAAAGCCGCACUCAAGUACCAUCCGGACAAGAACAAGGACGACCCGGCUGCUGCUGAGAAGUUUAAAGAUGUCUCGCAAGCCUACGAAGUCCUUUCCGACCCCGAGAAACGCAAAGUCUACGACCAAUUCGGUCUCGAAUACCUUCUUCGCGGCGGUCCAGCACCCACACCCGGUGGACCUGGCGGUGCUGGUCCCGGUGCAUCCCCCUUCGACGGUGGUAUGCCCGGCGGAUUCUCGUUUGGAGGGAUGCCUAGCGGAGGAGGCACGCGGACCUUCCACUUCUCAACGGGCGGGCCCGGCGGAGGCACCACGAGGGGGUUCAGCUUCAGCAGUGCGGACGAUAUCUUCCGCAACUUCGCCAAAGCGAGCGGCGGCGGCGUUGGUCUAGACGACGACGAUCUCUUCGCCUCCAUGAUGGGCGGGGGGUUGGGUGGAGGCCGACCGAGUCGAGGAGGACCUCCUGGAGGAUUUCCACAGGCCCAUCGCCGCCGGGCACCCACCCCGGAACCUACCAUCGUGGAAAAGGAGUUGUUGCUCACUCUCGACGAGCUGUUCCGCGGCACGACCAAGAAAGUUACCACCAGGAGCAAGACCUUUGACGCGUCUGGAAAGCAGACCGUACAGGAAGUGACGCUCGAGGCUACCAUCAAGCCCGGGCUGCGGGCGGGCUCGAAGAUCAAAUACCGGGGGGUCGGGGAUCAGGAGGAAGGGGGGAGGCAAGAUGUGCAUCUGAUUGUCACCGAGAAACCACAUCCAUUCCUGAAACGCCAGGGCGAUAAUCUCAUCACAACCGUCGAUCUCACUCUUAAGGAAGCCCUCACGGGCUGGGAACGUAUCGUCAAGACCAUUGACGGCAAAUCGAUCCGCAUUUCCAAGCCUGGUCCCACGCAGCCGGGCUACGAGGAACGAUACCCAGGCCAGGGAAUGACUAUCUCGAAGAAACCGAACGAACGGGGAGACCUGCUCGUAAGGGUCAACGUGAAGUUCCCGACGACCCUGACGGCGGCGCAGAAGGACAUCCUCAAGGAUGUUCUUCCUUGAACUAGGCCUUCACCUUCACGACCCCAUACUCAAAAAGAUAUCCACUCAACCAUCACGACUCACAAUCUUAUGAAAGUACUCAUUUGCGUUGCAUUUCAAGGCGUUGUUGGGACCAUCAAACCGUGCUUGGCUUUUUUAUUUUCCAUGUAAAUAGAUCUAGUAACUACGCAGUAUAACUACUACAAAGUAUACAUUAAG